ACGCACUUUGUUUGCUUCAGAACCCUUUGAUCACAAUAGACAUGGAUUCUUCCAAGACGAUUUAUAGUGGUGCUUCAGGUGUCUCACGACCCGAUACCUCUGCCGUUCUCAAUGUUGAGGAGUAUGCAUCCUCACAGCCUGAUCAAGGGCGAACAGGAUAUCCAAAGCCAAGCGGCCAAUCAUUGUCGUACUGGCUCCAGCAAGUACGCAGCGAUCCGCUAUUGAAUCAUCGCACGACCAAAGAACUUCCAAAUCAUGUCGAUACAGUCGUCAUCGGGUCCGGGAUCACUGGCACCUUGACUACCAAACACCUCUUAGAGACUCGCCCAGACGAGAAAGUUCUUGUCCUUGAAGCUCGCGAAUUCUGCUCUGGUGCAACAGGCCGCAAUGCUGGACAUUGCAAACCAGAUCAGUUCCGUGGGUUUGGCAAAUACGAGAAAGCACUCGGUGCAGAGCAGGCUCUCAAGAUCUUGCAAAACGAACAGGAUACCUGGGAAGCUUUGGUAUCUUACGUUAAGGAAAACAACGUUGACUGCGACUUGUGGAUCGGCGACACCCUCGAUGUUCCGCUCGAUGACGAGGUAGCGGAUAUUGCUCGAGAUGUCUUCGAUCGCCUGCGAAAGGCCGGAGGCAAAGUUGACCAUAUCAAGGUAACCGACAACCCGGAAGAAGCUGCCCUUAUAACACGUAUAAAAGGUGCGAAAGCGUGUUAUGCUUGGCUAGCAUCAACGCUUCAGCCAUGGAAACUAACAGCCCACGUUAUGCGUUCGAACAUUGAGAAGGGGGCGAAUCUGCAGACAUACACCUGCGCACGAAAGGUUACAAACGGGGAGAAUGGACAAUGGAUCAUUCAUACCGAUCGUGGAGAUGUUGCAUGUAAUCGAGUUGUGCAUGCAACCAAUGCGUACAGCGCCGCUAUCGAACCAUCAUUGCGGGGCCUUAUCACCCCGAAACCUCAUAUGUGCAACAAGGUCGUUCCGCCGCGUGCAUGGUCAGGAACAAACGCCCUCCAAAACUCGUACGCCGUCUUAUUACCGGACGGUGGGUUGUUUAGUAUCAAUCCUCGAUCUGUCGGAGAUGGAGCCAUCAUGUUCGGUGGAAGCAACCCCGGACAAAAGGAAUUAGACGCCUGGGUUGAAAAUCACCCUGAAAACUGCACCAACGACGGUUUAGCGAGAAUCGAAUAUGUGACUAAACAUGUCCGCGAUCUUGUCGAGCAAGAGUUUCCAGGAUGGAGGGAUGCUGAAUUUGGACCCGGCGAGGGUUUCGACUAUAGCUGGUCAGGAAUUAUCGGACUGAGUGCGGAUGGCGUCCCUUUCGUUGGUGAACUGCCUGGUAAGCCCGGGCAAUGGGUUUGCGCUGGUCACCAUGGACAUGGCAUGGCUCGCAUCUUCACAGCGGCUCCAGGUCUCGUAAAGCUAAUCAAUGGCCAAUCCUGGAGUGAGACUGGUUUGCCAGAUGUAUACCAACUCACAGAGCAGCGUAUUAAACGCAUCGAAGAGAAAACCGCAGCGCCGAAGGUCGCAAUUAUAUGAUGCUGCGCUGUAAGUCCUUAUAGUACUAUCAUCUUUUGCAUUCAAUCUAGCGUCUUCGCAAUGUCGCAAGGGGUUUCAUCUUCCGGUUUGCUUUUAGUUCAAAUCGCGAUAUGCAAGACCAUCCCAUUUUUCUCGCACUAAAAGUUGAAAUUUUGAGAUUCUCGUGCAAAAGACUACAUUUUUCCGC